AUGGCUACCCCUAAGAGCCCCGCACUCUUGGAAGGACUUUCCUUCGCGGAAAUUAUGUCCAUGGCGAGCGAGCUGCAGUCUAAGCUCGCCAGUUCGCAUCGAGCAGCCGAACCGAUCGGUUGUGCGAUGUCCGAGAGCCAGCACAGUGCCACGCCCAUCGGGCCGAGUGAACACGAACGAGUUCGGUCGAAUUCGUUCGUCAGUUGUGCAAGUGAAGCGAGUGUUAUGGAGUGCAGCUCCGAGUCCGGAAAACGCAAGAAAACUACUCCAUGGUGCGACGACGAGCCUGAGUGCCUUAGUGCCGCGGAAAACAAAAAAAUGAGACGCAGAGACAGCGGAGAGACGUGUCGAACUUAUGAUUAUUCGGGAGUUGGUACCUUUGAAGGCGGAGACCAUUAAAGUUGCUGACCGACGGACAAUUCGGGAUACGGCGGACCAGCUGAUGGAGGAGCUCGUCCAAAUGGCAGGAGUUGUGAAGGAACUUCGCCAUACCAUCGAAAGGAAAGACGCGGAAGUGAAAGAGGUCAAGGAAAACUCCGCCAAAACUGUAAGUACACCUUGUUUUUCUUACGCGGAUAAGCUUAGAUCAGGGAAAAACGUAGUUAACAACAAUAGGGUCAGCGAAAAUUCAUUUCCGGUUAGAAUAGAAUCUAAAAAAGUAGGGAAAGAU